AUGGAGGAAAAUAAGAAUUCGAAGAAAAAAAACAGAAAAUAUAAUGAGAUAAUGUUAAAAUCAGCCAUUGAAAGUGUUUUACAGUCAAAAUUAACUUUGUACAUGGCAUCAAAGGAAUUCAACGUGUCGUGGAGUACAUUAAAGGCCAAUGUUGAACGAGUUAAAGAAGAACGCAAGCAGGGAAUAACACAGAUUAGGAUGCUCAAAGUAGGUAGACCAUUUUCUUUGUCAGCCAAUUUAGAACAAAGCUUACUGUCAUACAUUAUACAAAUGCAAGAGCUUGGAUUUGGCCUUACUGUAAACCAGAUAAGACAAAUAGCCUUUUCACUUGCUGAGACAGCUGAAUGUAAGCAUUACUUCAACAAAAGCAAAAGAUGUGCUGGAUGGAAUUGGUGGGUUAGUUUUAAAGGUCGUUACGGUUUAAGUUUAAGGAUUCCGGAAAAUCUUUCAUCCGGUCGUGCUAUUUGCUCAAAUCCCACAAUAUUAGCUGAUUUUUAUGAAAAAUUAGAGGCAACUUUAGUUAAUCAUAACUUGUUGGAUUGCCCAGAUAGAAUAUGGAACUGUGACGAAACGGGUCUUAUGUACGUCAACAAACCUACUAAAAUUGUCACCAAAAUAGGAAAAAAAUACGUAUAUAAUCGAACAUAUGCUGAGAAAGGCACUACAACUACAGUGCUAGCUUGCAUUAAUGCAGCUGGGCAUUUCAUUCCCCCUUUGGUGAUAUUUAAAGGGGUAAGAAAUAUCCCUGGACUAUCGAAUGGGUCUCUGCCAAAUAGUUUAACGCGACUGUCGCCAAAGGGCUGGAUAAAUGCAGAUUUAUUCUAUGAGUGGUUGAAAUUUUUCGACCGAAACAUUCCUCCUACAAGGCCGGUUAUGUUGAUUAUGGAUUCACAUGCGAGUCAUAUAGCUCCAAAAAUUCUUGAUUAUGCUAAAUCCCACCAGAUAAUAUUAUUUACUAUGCCUGCUCACACAAGCCACAUUUUGCAACCACUGGAUGUUGGAGUUUUUCGACCACUUAAAGCGGCAUGGAGAGCAGAGUUGCAAAAUUAUAAAGUAAACAAUCCCACCUCAGUACCUACAAGAUUUGAUUUUCACAAAUUCCUGACACCGGUUUAUGAACAAUGUUUUACGCCUACCAAUAUAUGA